CAGCGCGCGAAGCGAAAGUGAAAGCGCUUCACUUUCUCCUGCUCCAGCCAAGCGCACCCCAGCCGGGCUACGGGAGUUGUUUGUUUGUUUGCAGUGUGUGUGUUGGUGUGUUUUUGCACCUCUGGAGCCUGGCCUGGCUGCGUGGGCGGCUGGAGCGGCAUUUGCCAGUCAUAAGACGCGGAGCAAAGAGGCACAUCGGCACUUCCUGAAAGUCGCUCCGCUCGGGCAGCGCUGCCAAAGGGGCCCUUCCACGGAGUGAGGAUGCUAGCCACGCGGCCCGCGAGGGGUUUGGUGGGACGGGAGGGGCUCGCGGGGGUCUUGCUGCUUCUCCUGCUGCUCCUGGGUGCCGGACGCGGAGAAGCCGACGGUGCCAAGAGAGCCAACAUCGUCCUCAUCCUGACCGACGACCAGGAUCUGGUGCUGGGGGGAAUGAGCCCGAUGAAGAAAACCCAAGUUCUGAUUGGUCAGUUCGGGGCUACCUUUGCUAAUGCUUUUACAGUGACCCCCCUGUGUUGCCCCAGCCGGAGCAGCAUCCUGACUGGCUUGUAUCCCCACAACCACUUGGUGAGGAACAAUACCUUGGAAGGGAAUUGCAGCAACGCUGCUUGGCAGAAAUUCCAGGAGCCCUUUGCCUUCCCGGUUUACCUGCAGAAGCAAGGAUACCAAACUUUCUAUGCUGGCAAAUACCUCAACCAGUACGGGCACCCCCAAGCCGGCGGCGUUCAGCACGUUCCCAUGGGAUGGACCCAUUGGCUAGGUUUGGUGGGCAAUUCCAAGUACUACAACUACACCCUUUCAUUGAACGGACAUGAGGAGAAGCACGGGGACCACUAUGAGGAGGACUACCUCACGGACCUGCUCACGAACCGGAGCCUGGAGUUCCUACGGAAGCUUUCGCGCCCUCCCUUCCUCAUGGUGUUAGCCCCGCCCGCUGCACACUCGCCCUGGACGGCAGCGCCUCACUACAAGUCCACCUACGGCACCCUCAAAGCCCCUCGCAAUGGCAGUUUCAACGUGCACGGGAAGGACAAGCACUGGCUGGUAAAACAAGCAAAGACGCCCAUGUCCAACACCUCCAUUCAGUUCUUGGACCGCGUUUAUCGAGCCCGGUGGCAAACUCUGUUGUCAGUGGACGAUAUGGUACAGAAGGUGCUGGACCAGCUGAAGUCCCUAAAAUUGCUGGACAGCACAUAUGUGUUCUACACUUCAGAUCAUGGCUACCACACAGGACAAUUUUCGCUGCCCAUUGACAAACGGCAACUUUACGAGUUUGAUAUCCGGGUGCCGUUGCUGGUGCGAGGCCCAGGUGUUAAAGGAAAUAAAACAUUCCUGGAACCCAUCCUGAAUAUCGACCUCGCACCCACCUUCUUGGACAUUGCAGGAGUCAACGCCUCUCAGACCAGCAUGGAUGGGGUUUCCUUCCUGCCCCUCUUGGUGAACAAGGUGCAGAAAUCUGCAUGGCGGUCAGAUUUCCUGGUGCAAUAUACUGGAGAAGGCUACACAACCACGGACCCCCAGUGUCCGAAAUUGGGGUCAGGAGUGUCCCAUUGUUUCCCUGACUGCGUGUGUGAAGAUGCCUACAACAACACAUAUGCCUGCGUGCGCACUCUGAGGCCUACGAACAUGCAAUACUGUGAAUUUGCCGAUAAAGAGAAUUUUGUGGAAGUCUACAACCUGACGGCAGACCCACACCAGCUCUCCAAUGUAGCCAAGAGCGUUGACCCUUCGCUGCUCGUGCAGAUGAACCAGAAGCUCAUAAAAUUGCAAGCUUGUUCUGGUGUCGGCUGCCGUUCCUGAGUCCUUUGGCUAGGACCAAAGACCGAAGACACCCUCUCCUUUUCCUCAUGAUUUCCUGGCAGUGGCUUCCUCCUGUCUCCAAACAGAAUCCAAUCUGGGUGCUGCCUUUUAAUUUAGGAUGCUCAAUCUUUAAUCCCAAAUUUGGAGUUUUCUGUGUUGGAAUAGGGUUGGGGUAGAGCAGAAGGGAAAAUGCGGGUGAGGAGCCAAGCCUCUUACCCCAGGGUGUCCAACCUUGGCAACUUUGAGACUGGUGGACUUCAACUACCAGAAUUCUGGGGGAUUCUGGGAAUUGAAGUCCAAAAGUCUAAAAGGUUGCACACCCCAGUGGUAACAACUCUAAAAGACACCCUGUGGAAUUUCUAGUGCCUUAUAUCUCCCUUCAUUGCUCAUCUUGUCUUCUUUUGGCCAGGCAGUGGUCACUGAGGUCUCACUUCAGAGUAAAGAAUAUCUCUGGCCCCAUCAGUGGUGACCUUCUCAGUCUAGAAUGUUCCAAAUGGUCUUGAACUACAGCAUCCUGCAGCAACUAUAACCUUUGGGACUACAUAUCCCACCUUGCACCUCUCCAUUUAGGGGAAGGACGGAGAGGAUUCUUUCAGUUUGGUCAUUGAUUAACACAGAAUGAAGUUGGGGUGACCUCCAUGGUCAUCUCCUUCCUUUCUUGGGCUGGCUGAGGUCUUGGAGACUCUGCAUAUUCCUGUAGAAAUCAUUGUGCCUGGUUUGACUUCUCUUACCAGGUCCUUUUGUGUAGUCCAUGGUUGUUACUGCAGUUGCUAUCUUCAUACUGUGAAAAAAAAAUGGAAUAAAGCACUUUUUUAAAAAUGA